UAUAUACUACAUAAAAUACUUACUACAGAUAUUUCAUUUGUGAUAUCUAACAUAUAGUAAACACUGUUUUUACAAAUAUUUUUUUCUGUAGAAGUGCAUAAUUCUUGCUAAAAAAUUAGCUUAUCUGACCCAAAAUAUGAACAGCUGUGAAAUUCACUAUUGAAAAAAUUUCUUGAGCUCUAAGAAUAUUUUAUGUUUUUUGAAUCAUAGGCUGAAGACUUUAAGUGACAAGUCAAGAGAAGCUAAAGGAAAAAGCAAACCAAGGACUGUUUCAUAUUUGCCAAAGUACUCUGCUGGACUAGAAUUACUUAGCAGGUAUGAAGAUACAUGGGCUGCACUUCACAGAAGAGCCAAGGAAUGUGCAAGUGCUGGAGAGCUGGUGGAUAGCGAGGUGGUUAUGCUUUCAGCACACUGGGAAAAAAAGAAGACGAGCCUAAUAGAGUUACAGGAGCAGCUCCAGCAGCUUCCAGGUUUGAUAGCAGAUUUAGAAUCUGUGACAGCAAAUCUGACGCAUUUAGAAACUAGUUUUGAGGAGGUAGAAAACCACCUGCUGAAUCUGGAGGAUUUAUGUGCACAGUGUGAAUUAGAAAGAUACAAACACACGCAGUCCCAACAACUGGAAAAUUACAAGAAAAAUAAGAGGAAGGAACUUGAAACCUUCAAAGCUGAACUGGAUGCCGAGCACACCCAGAAGGUCCUGGAAAUGGAGCACACCCAGCAAAUGAAGCUGAAGGAGCGGCAGAAGUUUUUUGAGGAAGCCUUCCAGCAGGACAUGGAGCAGUACCUUUCCACAGGCUACCUGCAGAUAUCAGAGAGGCGAGAGCCCAUGGGCAGCAUGUCGUCCAUGGAGGUGAACAUCGACAUGCUGGAGCAGAUGGAUCUGAUGGACGUGUCUGACCAGGAGGCCCUGGAUGUCUUUUUGAAUUCAGGUGAAGAUAAUGCCGUGCUGUCCCCCAUCUUAGGACCCAAGUCAAGUACUGGUCAGGAUGAACUUACUCUUCAGGUUCCAAACCCUUCUGAAUUACGAACCCAGCCACCUUCCUUAUCUUCCACCUGCACUGACCCAGCCACCCAGGACCCCAGUGAGGGUGGGGAGUCCCCUGUUGUUCAAUCCGAUGAGGAGGGAGUUGAGGUGGACACUGCCCUUGCCACGUUACACACAGACGACAGUGACUCCUAAACCUGGGCAUCCUAUUCUCCGAGCACCUUAGAGGAAGACCCAGCUGGGUGCAGAAUCCCACCGUGAAGGCAGGUGGUUUAACGGAGGCUCUUGAUUGUCACACAAUUGCCAAUAAUCUGUGAGAAACUGAAAGAAAAGCUAACAAUAAAGUUUGAGGACUUUAAA